AGGUUGAACCAAUUUGGGAGAAAAAGACAAAAACUCGUUCAAAGAAGAAGUCUUCGUUUUACUCCAGUGAAUCGGAAUCAGGUUAGAAACCCAAAAUGAAUUUUCGAUUCUUUAAGGAUAAGUUUAUAAUUUUAACUUAAUACCAACCUAAAAUGAACACUUUUUGUGAUUGGCUUCCUUAUACAAAGAUGACUCGUUCUUUAGAAAGUAUAUUUUAUGGUUUUAUUCUGUUUCAUUGUUGAUAACUGAUAACUUGAUUAGCGAUACGAUCUGUGGGGAAAACUGUAAUUUUGGGGGGAGAAUAGCAUGCAAAUUGUUUUCGACCUUCAUAUGCAUCUUUAAUAACCAAGUAACUACUUGUAUGUGUUGUAAUAUACUUCAUAAUAUGUUUUAGGAUCUGGGUCAAGUAGUGGUAGUGAAAGCGAAAGUGGGAGUGAAGGAAGUGAAAGUGACAGCAAGUCAUCCAUGGAGUCAUUGCCUGGUACUGAAACUGGUAGGUUUUGUUGUUGUUGGUUGUUGUUGUUGUUGUUUGUUGUUAUUAUUGUUAUUGUUGUUGUUGUUGUUGUUUGUUAGUUUUGGUUCUUUCUUGUUAUACUUGUUGUUGUUGUUGUUGUUGGUUUUGGUUCUUUCUUGUUAUAUUUGUUGUUGUUGCUUGUUGUUGUUUGUUAUUGUUUGUUGUUGUUGUUUCCUGUUGUUGUUGUUGUCGUUGUUGCUGUUGUUUGUUGUUGCUGUUGUUUUUUGUUGUUGCUUCUUGUUGCUGUUGUUGUUUGGUGUCUGUCGUUUAGUGCUAAAUGUUGUUCAGUUGUUGUUGCUGUUCUUUUCUUGUUAUUAUUACUUUUGGUGUUAUUCCUGUUGCUGUUAUUGGUUUCCUUAUUGUUGUUGUCUGUUGUUGUUGUUGUCUCUUGUUGAUUGUCGUCGUAUGUACAUGUAAGAUUUACUGACGCUGUUCGAAGGAACUAGUGAGCCAAUCCAUUCUCCUCUCGUAGAUACCCAACAAAGUGACGAUGAAGAUGAUAGGGAUAUAGUCGUGAGAAAGAAAUUAGAAAGUGAAAGUAGCGUGGAGUCGAAAACGAGCGAGGAAGAUUCGGACAGUGAUCUUGAAACUUCUGAAGAUGAAUCUUCGUCAGAGAGUGAACCUGAACAAAAGACGCCAGCUGAGAAGGUUGGAUAGUAUUUUAAGGAAAAACAUUACUAAACUAACUUUGAUAGCUCUAUCAAUUCUAAACUGUUUUCCCUAGAUAUCUUCUCGCAUACUACAAAUGUUGACAUUGUGUAUUGUGUCUCUUAACCUUAGGUUGCCACGAAGAAAGUGGAGAAAACAAAAUCUAGAGCUGCCAAAAAGCCAGAGCCCAAACCUUCCUCGACAGAUCAGCUACUGUUCUUUGAUGAAGAAGGUAUUGUGACCAAUCAGUUAUUCAGUUGGUACUUCCGACUGUUCAUAGGGGCUGUUCAUAUGAGCUGGGCUGGGCGGAAUGAAUCGCAUCACGAGUUUUUUUCUGACCAUAAAAGAGAUAUCCACGGGCAGAAAAUUUUCCGAAAAUGUCAUUGUUAAGUUAAAAGUUGAAAAUUUUCAACUUCAGAAUUUUUUUCCCACAGAAAAUUUGUGUCGGCCAAUCAUCACAUUUUACAAAAGUUUCUCUCUGCGGAAAAAUUUCCUGAGUGGGAAUGGGCCUUAAUCCUACCUUAAUGGUUCUUCUAUAUUUUCAGUGGCGCCGAUCGUGAAUGGUGGUACAAACAACUUGCACAACUCUGUGUUAUCCCCCUCGCUUGUGGAUGAUAUGAAAGCAUUGUCUCUUGGUGCUACCACGAAUGGGCCUACCCCGGUCGUACAGAAUGUAAGUCAAUGUAAAUUAAUUAUUCACUUUCUAUAGCUAAACUUUUAAGGGUCGUCAGAGCUGGCGUCUUCCAUUCGACUUGACAGGACAUUUGUCCGAUCACUUUUAAUUUUGGUCGGACAUAACUUGAAUUUGGUCGGACAAAAACCAACACCACUAAAUUAAAUUUGGUCGGACAUAUAUACGUCACAAGAUAUAUAUAGGCUAAGUCACAGGACAAGUAUGUAUAGCCAUUCCGGCGCAACGUUAAAGUAAAAUGCUAGAAUGCCUCGUCAAUUUUAUUGCAAAAUAAAUUGAGUGAAUUUGCAAUCGAAUUUUGUCACAGCAAAAAAAUGUAUAAUUUGACCAAAUUUUUUUGUGAUCUGACCAAUGUCCGAUCAAAAUUACUUUUGCUCGGACAUUUGCCAAAUUUAGUCGGACAUUGUCCGAUGUCCAACAGUAAUUUGCAGCCCUGAUUCUCGCUACGAAUGCAACAUGGCACUUACGUAAAAAGAGUCGGUCAACGCUUUACCGAAAGUCGUGGGUUUUUCUCCGGACAUUCUGGUUUCCUUCCAUGGGGAAUGUUGUGACAGGAUAGCCCCACUUACUAAAUUCGAUGUGCUGUAGUGAUGUUUAUGGUUUGUCCGUUGUUUUUUUUCAGGUGAUAACAGAUUUCUCAAAGUUGAAAUCGCAUGAAUUACUGAAUAAGAUGACAGGUCAAGGAUUACAAGCUCAAUAUAAAUUCCCGCGCUGUCCUUGUAUAUAUUCCACGACUAUGGUUGCAGUAGAAGUGACAUUUAUUAAUAAUAGUGGCUCGGUUAUUGAAAAUAUACAUAUCGGAGAGAAAGUAAGUGGGUGUAGUUUUAUUAGGUACCGUAAUUCUUUAGGUUUGGCGCUGCCAAACAGCGCGAGUUUUUCGUUGGGCUUCACUUCUUCAUGUGGUAACACUGGACCAAUAAGAGAUGACCCUUAUACUGGACCUCUAGGGAGAACUGAUAGAGCUAUCCAGUAUAAAUAAAGUUACUUGAGCUAUAUAGCUGUCCAAUAUGAAUAAAGUCAGCUUAGUUUAGGUUUCCUCUUGUAGUAUUACUUGAACAAUAAGCAAUUGCCCUUGCUAUGUACCUCUAGGGAGAACAGGUUAGAACUGAUAGAGCUAUGCAGUACGAAUAAAAUUAGUUUAGGUUUCCUCCUGUGGUAACACAGGGUCAAUAAAGAUGGCCCUUGCCAGACCUCUAGGAAGAGUAGAGUAGUUAACUUAAAUCCUCAUGUAUAAGUUUAGGGUCAGUGUUUUCCCCUGUUCUAUGCUAACACUUGGCUAAUAAAGGGAUGGUUCUUAAUAGACCUGAAGACCAGUUAUCCACUAUAAAUAACGUUAGUAAGUCUUUCCAUCAUUUAAUUUUAAUUUUUUAUUCCAACUUCUUAGAAACUUAGUCUUGGCCUAAAAAUGAGUGAUUUUCCAAGUAUUGGUAAGCUCGCUUCACUUCCGCAUUUCCUAAGUUUACAAUAGAGCCCUGGCGGCUUCUUUAUUUCAGACACAUUUAUUCCAUCGACCCAUUUGAAUCGGUGUAUAUGUUUAAGCAAUACUUUUGGUUGAUCUGUUUAGAGUCUAUGGAUGUUGGUUCAACUGUCACUGUUACAAUGGGGGUUGAUUUUAAGGAUACCAUACAACCAGUUAGUUUUGAAAUAUG